AUGUCAAGUGAGGGAGAUGGAGCACCGGCAAUCGGAAUCGAUUUGGGCACAACGAACUCAUGUGUUGCUGUUUGGAAACACAACAGAAUCGAGAUCUUACCCAAUGACCAAGGCAACCGAACGACGGCGUCUUGUGUUGCUUUCACUAAUGCUGAACGGCUCGUUGGUGAUGGUGCCAAGAAUCAAAUUGCAAAGAACCCAGCAAACACUGUAUUCGAUGUGAAGAGGCUGAUCGGGAGGAGGUUUAGUGAAGUAACAGUGCAGGAAGACAUAAAGUUGUUGCCAUUUAAGGUCAUAAAAGGGUCUAGCAUCUUCUGA